AUGAGUUCCAACAACUUUAACGAAAAAAAAAGAUAUUUUAAUAUGUAUGGGCAUAUCACAAACUCGAUAAACUUAAAUUCCCAAGUGCCUCCACCCCCCCUAAAUUUACAUGAUCAUUCUCCCUAUAUUCCCCAACAUCCUUUUGAUAAAAAACCAGGGUAUUUCCCCAAUAUGAAUUACCCUAAAAUGGUGAAUACGAACGAGUAUAAUUAUAGAAAUAAUAACAAUAAUAACUAUAACAAUAAAAUAUUUAUGAAAAAAAAAAAAACUUUUCAUAAAUUUUCAAAAAAUUCAAAUAAUGAAUGCUUUAAUCUCAAGGAAGCAUUAGUAAAUCCAUGGCUCCCUUUAUAUGCAAAACAUCCAAACUUUAAUUUUGUUUAA